GUAUCCAUCUGUCUCCAUCUGUGCACUCCACCUUCUGGAGACGAAAGAAUGUGAAAAAUGAAGAUUUUCAAAGCUCUUACUCAUUGUACCCAAGCUUUGCCCAAAGUAAACUCAUGACAGUCUUGAGGGUGUGCUCGAGCCUUUAUUUACUCCGCCUGGUGAUGCUAUAGACAACAUGUGAAGACAGGGAAACACACGCUUAUCUAGUUUAUUGAAAACAUAGUCACAUGGUUUAAAAAAAAAUGAUUGUAAGUGAGAGGAGGAGGAAGUGAGCACUGAAAAGCCGCAUUCUUACCUGACACAGUUUUACUCUCACAAUAUGCUCAACACUGUUACCAAUGAAUUUAUUUAACACUUUUGUGAACGUGGGCACCUGUCGGAGGAACUGACUCGGCCACAGAGGCCUCACUGAAGGAGAUGACACAAAACGGGACUGUAGCCGGCAAUGGCACUCAUAUGGAUGAACUUAAAAUUGUGAUCGUUGGAGAUGGGGGUUGUGGAAAGACAUCACUGCUCAUGGUCUACGCCAAAGGAGACUUUCCAGAGAAAUACGCACCAUCUGUGUUUGACAAAUAUGUCACCACUGUGACUUACGGAGGUAAAGAUAUUCAGCUGAACCUUUACGAUACAGCAGGUCAAGAAGACUACGAUCGAUUGAGACCUCUCUCCUAUCAAGAUGUAAACCUUGUCAUCAUCUGUUACGACGUGACUAAUCCAACAUCUUUCGACAAUGUCACGAUAAAGUGGUACCCGGAGGUCCAUCAUUUUUGCCGCGACACCCCUAUUAUCCUUAUCGGAUGCAAGACGGACCUGAGAAAGGAUAAAGAGAAGAUGAGAAAACUCAAAGCCUUGGAUAUGGCUCCCAUCACCUACAUCCAGGGCGAAGAGACCCAGAAGCAACUGAACGCUGAGGUAUACCUGGAGUGUUCGGCUAAAUACAGAGAAAACGUAGAGGACAUUUUCAGAGAAGCCACUAAGCGGGCGUUAGCUGCCAGGGCCAAAGCAAGACACGCCCGAAAAAAGAGGAAACGCUGCAGCAUACUGUGACCACUGCAUAAAACACAUGUUAACUUUUGUGAUAUUUAAUGAAUGUUUAAAACAAAUGAAAAAAAUGGCUGAGCCGUCUGAAAGGAUGUGGUUUACAUGCACGGCUUAGUGACUGACGGCGGGAACCACGUGGAUUUUAAUGAACUAAGCCACUUCCUUCUUUGCAUGUUGUUGACGAAACGACCUGAUGAAAUCCAAAGAUGGGAAUCCAAAGAGAUGAAAAUUUAACGUAAAUGCUGCUGUUGUUUCAGAAAAGACCACAGACUGAUUAUGGGAUGUCCACAAACAAUUUACACUCAAAAAAGUAAUUUAACCAAAGCUGGGUUGUUUUAACCCAUUGUUUGGUCAAAUAUGAACAUUUUCUGGGUUAAUUUAACCCAACGACUGGUUCCGUUUUGAUCCAUAAACGGUGUGUAAAAAAUGGCAUUUUUUAGGGUGUAGUCUGUUGUGAUGUGCACACAACUACUGAAGUUCAGUUGCUUGUACAUCGUGCACUGGGAUGUAACGUGUUAAUGUUGUGCAAUUUGCAUGAUUUUCAUGCACAACAGUUGCUGUUUGUGUAAAGUUGCACAAAAACCUACUGUGGUUGAACCAUAGUACAGUUAAAGGUGCAGUGUGUAAUUUUUAGAAGGAUCUCUUGACAGAAAUGCAAUAUAAUAUACAAAACGACAUUAUCAUGGGUGUAUAAAGACCUUUUUAUUAGUGCUGGGCAAAGAUUAAUCGCGAUUAAUCGCAUACAAAAUAAAAGUGAUUUUUGGCAUAAUAUAUGAGUAUGUGCUGUGUGUAAUUAUUAUGUAUAAAUAAAUACACACACAUUCAUGUAUGUAUUUAAGAAACAUUUACAUGUUUAUAUAUAUUUAUUUCUAUUUUUAUAUAUUCUAAAAAAUAAAUUUAUUUAAAUAAAUAUGUUAAAAAUAAAAAUAAUAAUUCUGAAAUGAAUAUAUGAAUGUGUGUGUGGUUAAAUAUACACAAUAAUUAGACACAGUACACGCACAUAUAUUAUGCAAAAAAAAUCACUUUUAUUUUGUAUGCGAUUAAUCGCGAUUAAUCUUUGCCCAGCACUACUUUUUAUAAUGAAUUAUUAUGUUUUCAUUGCCUUAGAAUGAGAUGUUUUUAUCUACAUGCACGAGGGUCCCCUUACGUUGAAGUCGCCAUUUUGUGCCACCACGUUUCUACAGAAGCCCUUAACGGACAAACAUUUUUGUCUCGGACGAUGACAUGUUUUUCCAGUGGCGGCUACUGUAGCUUCUCUAUCCAUUUCAAAAGCGAGGGGUGAGCAGUGGACUGAGCCGUUGGUUGCAAUUCGCAAUCUCUCCACUAGAUGCUGCUAAAAUUUACACACUGCACCUUUAAAGUGUCAAAUAUUUAGAUCUAUGCUACUGAAUGAAUACCAUAUUCAUGUACGUGGUGUUUACAUUGAACACCUAUGGUAUGAAUACCAUGGUGUUACCAUAGUACGUGGUAGUACUGUGAUUAUUUUAUGUUAAUGCUGUCUUGGUUUCCACUAUUUUCUAGAAAUAUAAAUUUGUAGAUCACAACCAUUUCAAAGGAUUUUUAUUCUUUUCAUUUAACAAUUUUAACUUAUUUUCAGCCCAGCAUUGUGCCAGAAAUGAAUUGAAAUUUAAUUUGACCUGUGUUGGGUUGUUUUAACCUCAAAUAUAAAACUUUUCUGGGUUAAUAUAACCCAAUGGCUGGGUUUAUCCUUUUUUGACCCUAAAGUGGGUUAACAAAUAGGCCAGCACUUUUUUUUAAAGUACUCACCUGUUCAAAAAGCGUUUUUUAUUUUGUGUAGGCUACAGUGUAAACCAUUUUCUGUCCCACUCCGUGUUUAGAUUGCACAAAUAAACAAGUGAAACCAUAUUUAAAGCUAUAUAGUGUUUGUGUGUGUAUUAGUGCCAAAAAAGUUUAAUCGCGAUUAAUCGCAUACAAAAUAAAAGUUUGUGUUUGCAUAAUAUA